GUCGUUGCGAAUCUAUGGGAUAUUUGAAAGCCCUCUGUCAGACUAACAAUUUAUCCACACUUAUAAUGCCAAUAAAUCACUUUUCCUAAAAUUACCUUUCACAAUUAACACAAAGUUGACCCAAAAUUUAACUAGCUGGUAACAUUUAUGUGACUAACUUGGAUGGAAGUCGAUUUACUAAUAAGAUAUGCUAACGAAGUAGAUGGCGCUAAAUCAAACCUUGUGAGUUCCGUAGACAGCAAUAAUCGCUUUGGUAACAUGCGUCCAAUGAGAUCUCUAGUUCAUAGAGGUGGUGCAGUUGGCAUGGGUUUGGUAUCAAAAGGAAUGGUUAUAUUUGCUGGUAACUCUCAUCCAGAGUUAGUGAAAGCUGUUUGUCAGCAUCUUAACGCUCGUCCUGGAAAUUGUUCAGUGUUCUUCCGAUCAAGUCGUGAAACUGAGGUUGAAAUACGCGAAACUGUUCGAGGUCGAGAUGUGUAUAUUAUUCAAUCGGGUACUAAAGAUGUCAAUAAUGAUAUAAUGGAGUUAUUAAUCAUUGCUUAUGCUUGUAAAUCAGCCUGCGCAAGGAAAGUUAUCGCAGUAGUGCCAUAUUUACCCUAUUCAACACAGACUAAACGGAGAAAGCGUGGACCUAUCACCAGUAAACUUGUCGCCAAAAUGUUAUGUUCUUCAGGAAUCAACCAUUUGAUUACCUUAGAUCUGCAUUCUAAAGAAAUUCAGGGAUUUUUCGAUGUUCCCGUUGAUAAUCUGCGUGCUUCACCAUUUUUAACUAAAUACAUUGAAACAUACAUAGCUGAUUAUAGAAAUGCAGUUAUAGUGGCUCGUAAUCCUGGUGUUGUACCACGGGCUACUAGUUAUGCAGAACGUUUACGUUUACCGCUUGUUGUUAUUCACGGGGAAGAAAGAGAUGAAAGUGAUAAUACCGACGGUCGUAAUUCUCCACCAUUGGAUCAACCUGUUUCAGAGAAAAGUAAAACUACCCAAGUAGGUCUUGAAUUGUUACCAAUGAUGAUACCUAAAGCCAAGCCACCAUUGACGUUAGUUGGAGAUGUGAAUUCAAGAAUUGCUAUUAUUAUUGAUGAUAUUAUAGAUGAUGUAUCAAAGUUUGUUACUGCAGCUGAGCUGCUUCAUGAACGGGGUGCAUAUAAGAUAUUUGUUAUUGCAACGCAUGGACUACUCAGUUUAGAUGCUCCACGUUUACUUGAAGAAAGUCGUAUUGAUGAAGUUGUUGUCACAAAUACUGUACCGCAUGAAUUACAAAAAAUGCAAUGUCAUAAAAUUCGUACAGUUGAUAUUAGUCCACUUCUGGCUGAAGCUAUCCGACGUAUUUAUAAUGAUGAAUCGAUGUCAUAUUUAUUUAUGAAUGUACCUAAAGAUGACUAGAGAUAUAUAUAUAUCGAUGCCUGAUGACGAUGACGUCGACAACAACGCCAACGUUGUACGUGUACACGUGUUCGUCUUCGUGUUCGCGUUUAUUUUUCCUGUUGUUUUUUUUCUUUCAUUGACUAACCCUGAUGUUUGUGUGUCUGUGUGUGUGUGUGUGGACGUUCAGUGACAGUGUGUUGUCCGCGGGGGGGGGAGGGAAUUAAUUCUAAGUGCAACACUUAUUAACUUUUUAUUACGCAAUAAUGAAGAGAAAAAACAGAAAAAGUACAAUUAACAAAAACUAUUUGAAUAAAUAUUUUUUUUCUAGGCUUAUCAUUAUUCUAUGAGUUUAUCACAGUUAUUACAGUUAUCUCGUUAGUUAUUUCAAUCAUUUUUGCGUGAUUCAACUUUACCUGUCCAUUUGCCUUACUUAGUUUGAUUCACUUUUUUGUGUUUGUGUGUGUGUGUGAAGAGCAACGAAAUCGCCAUCUCAUAUUUUUUUCACCCACCCGAUAUCUUUCUUUUUCAUCUGUUAUUUGUACAUAAUGAUAAAGUUAACUCAAUUUUUUUUAUCAAGAUAUAUAUAUAUAUACCUAGA